AUGGAUGAUGAAGUUGGAUGGGUUGAUGAGGAUGAGGCAAAGCAACUUUUUUUGGUUUUAACUAAAAAUAUGAAAGAACUAAAACUUUCAAAACAUCCACAAACUCUUUAUCAACUAUUAAAUAAUCACAAUACUGGUAGUUCUUCUGGUAGUAAUUUUGGUGAUAGUUCUUCUAGUGGUGAUGGUUCUGGUAUUGAUUUCAGUGAUAGUUCUAAUAGUGAUGGUUCCAAUAAUGAUAGUUUCAAUGAUAAUUUCAAUGAUGAUAAAAUCAUAAAAAAUGUACAAUUUAAUGCAUUAAUUAAUAUAAUUGAAGAUAAACUAAAACUCAAGAAUGAAUAUUUAAUUUCAGGAUAUAAGUUGCGACUUAAAGCUGGAAGCAGUAUUCUUGAUGAUGAGGAUGUUCAAUUAAAAGUAACAUCAUAUUUACAACAACACAAAUUUAAUACAACUGUUCAUAACUUUCGUGAUUAUAUUUCUAAUGAAAUUUUGCCUUCUGUUG